AUUUUAUUUUUAUAGAUUAUUCCAGUAUUAAAAUCAGCAUAUAACAAUUUAAUAAUGAUUGCUGGAAUUACUGAAAAUUCUGAAUCACACACUUUGUUGAGAAGAACCCGAAAUUUACUAGCAGCUGAUUUAAUGAGUUCGGAAUCGAAAGAACUUAAUUUGGCCGAAGUUUGGUCGCCGGAUUUUCCCGUUGCCUUCUCUAUUAUCUCGUUUUUGGCCAUCGUCAUGAUUUUGGCCGUUUUAGGAAUAUCGGUGGCCAUCUGGAAUAUGGAUCCCGGCCGAGAUUCAAUCAUGAUUGGACAACGGACGAAGAAAGAUUGAAGACGAUUCUUCCUUCUCGUUUCUUGGGGCCACGUCGUUGUUGUUUUUUUUUUUUUCCUAAUUUAUCCGAAGCGUGCGUAUAUAUUAAUUGAAAAUAUCGUAGCUGUUUAUCGAUGGUCCUUAUAUCAAGUUAUAUUCCAGGAACUUUUCUUAAUCACGUGAUCACUAAAAUUUACAAAAAUUAAUGAUGUAAUAAUAAUUUUUUACGUUUUUUUUUCUUUUUAUAAAAAAAUCUUUUGUAUAAUUAAAUUCGUACGAAACUUUGUAUAUAAUUAGCUACACUCUUGAUGUAAUUAUGUGUAAGUUAUGUAUAUUUAAGAGAGAGCAAAUUAUUGAAUAUUCUGGAUGAAAGUCAUAUUAUCGUGUAAACAGAAUACUUUAAUUUUACUAGUAAUUUAUAUUUAUUUAAGAAUCAUGUUAAAAUAUAUAGUUUAAAGAAUGUCAGUUAAUUAAUUUGUAUGUAAAUUGAAUCGAGGAA